AGGAAUGGGAUUGAUAGAAGAAACUGAACGCUAGAACAGCAAACAUGAGCCACAGAACCCUCCUCAUCUCUUCCUCUACCGAUCGAGCAGAGCAGAGCAGAGCAGCACGGAGCGCGUAGCAGAAUCCCACCAUGGCCAUCGUUGCUCCUGCUGCAAAUCCCUUUCUCUGCUCCUCCCCCUCCCUCUCCACUCCGCAUCCCAGCCGGCGAUUCGCCCUCCAGUGUCUCCCCAGUCGCACCUCUCACAAGCCCUUACUCUCGAAGCGCUCGAUCCGUGCCCCUAGGGCUUCACCUUCCUCCUCUUCUUCCGCAACGGAGGAGUCGCAGCCGCCGAAAUCGAAGGCCGCGGAGGAGGGCGACCGGUACGAGGUGGAGCUGGAGAAGCCGUACGGGCUCAAGUUCAUGAAAGGCAGCGACAGGGGGACCUACAUCGACGCGAUCGCGCCCGGUAGCAACGCCGACAGGUCGGGCAAGUUCACCGUCGGAGAUAAAGUGAUCGCUACAAGUGCUGUUUUUGGAACAGAAAUUUGGCCAGCUGCUGAGUAUGGUAGAACAAUGUAUACAAUUCGUCAAAGAAUUGGUCCUUUGCUCAUGAAAAUGGAAAAGAGAUAUGGAGAGUUACCUGGUGCUGCUGACUUAACUGAGAAAGAAAUUAUACGAGCCGAGAGGAACUCUGGUGUCGUCAGUGACCGAGUGAGGGAAAUCCAAAUGCAAAACUACUUGCGCAAGCAGCAACAGAAAGAACAAAGGCAAAAUGAUCUUCGCGAAGGAUUAAAGCUUUAUAGGAGCGGGAAAUACGAAGAUGCUUUGGAAAAGUUUGAAUCUAUACUAGGCUCAAGACCUGAACCAGAUGAGAUUUCAGUGGCAAGUUACAAUGUAGCAUGUUGUUAUUCCAAGCUUAAUCAGGUACAAGCUGCGCUCUCUGCUUUAGAAGAUGCAAUGAAAGCAGGAUAUGAGGAUUUCAAGACUAUUCGCAAUGAUCCUGACCUUGCUCAGGCACGAGCUUCAGAAGAAUUUGAGCCUCUAUUGAAGAAAUUUGAUGAGUCCUUCAUCAAUGAGAGUGCCAUAAAUGCUAUCAAGUCUAUCUUUGGAUUCAACAAAAAAUAGAAAUCUUUAGUCUCUGGUCCUUCAAUUGUAUAAUUCUGUUCUUAAAUUUUUUUUGAGGAAAAGCCUAUUUCUGGCUCUCAUGAUUCUGAGCAUAGAAAGAAUACCUUGUAAUAACUGGAUCCUUUUUUUAAUACUAUAUAAUGUAUACCUUCUUCAGCCAAUUCAAAGAUCUCUGGUUUAAAAGGA